AUGACGCGCGCUCAGCAGACUCUCUCCGUCCUCCUCCUCGUCUCCUCCCUCUAUCUCUCCCUCUACCUUGGUCUUGUUCCCCUGAACGAGACCGUCCAGACCGAGGUCAUCCCUGUGCUUCCCUUCUACGCUGUCAUCACCUUUGGAUGCUAUCUCUUGGGCCGUCUUGGCCUCGCGAUCUUCACAUUUAACGACGUGCCGGAGGCACACGCGGAGUUGCAGAAGGAGAUCGAGCUGGCCAAGGUUGAGCUGCGCAAGGGUAACGUCGACGUCGACUAA